AGAAAAACAGUUCUAUCAGAAAAAACGGAAUUUAUCCCUCUAUUUGCAUUUGUUAUCAAAUCGACAGUCACAACCCAGUGUAUAGAUUGAUAUGUGGGCUAUGUUCUUCGUACUUUCCCGAGCUUCCCCACCAUUUAAAUGUGUGGAUUUCGUAGUCUAGCGGCACAAACGUUCUAUACUGGAUGAAGUAACUCGCAUCAAUCAGUUUCGCAGUGUCAAUCUGUUGAUGGUGAUUGCUUACACGCGAGGAGCGCACACUAGGAACUGCCCCAGGCUGGAAGCGCACGGUGCUAGCAGAUCUCAGGGUGGGUGGUUCUUUAAAAGCCGACUCGCCCUUAAUGAGGAGGACCAGUCGGAUGUAAAGCAACUGAACUCCACAAGCCAACCUGUCGAGGCUCUCAUGUACCCAGAAGAAACAUGGGUAUGGACUGGGACUGAUUUCACAUGUUUUUGGUUGUUUGCAAAGCAAGGCGGUGAAGUGAAUUCCAUGACUUUUGCCAAGAACCACCAUUCAAACGAGGAAUAAAACAUUCCGACGGGAAGACGUAUUUUUUCAUUGCAUUUGGAAGUGUUUUACUUUAGACACACUUAUUGCAGGGUUGUAAGGUUCUGAACUGUUGUUAUCGUCUGCUUCAUAUGAACACUAACACUGUCAUUUGACUAUAGGAGAAUAAGCUGUUGAAGACAAUGCGGACCCAAUUUCCAAGCGUUGCUGUUACCCCCGAACAUGUGCGACGGGCUUCCACACUCAUGCUUCGUCCACUAUGACUACCAGCAAAUGUGUUGCAAUGAAGCAAACAACUAACCGCUUUAAUCAUUACGAGCGUUUUACAAUAAUGCAUCACUCUUGAUGCAGUGUAAACACCGGGGUUAAAAAUGUUUGUAUUCAGUUUCUUGGCUAGUUUAUUUGCGUUUACCUCACCGACAUGGGGCUAUCAAAUGUCCUGGGAAAAUUGGAAUGGCAAUUUGCAGAACCGAGUGAGGGAACUUGACAAGCCGACCUCUCAACCGCACAUCAUUUUCAUCCUAGUGGACGACCAAGGCUUUCGGGACGUAGGCUACCAUGGGUCCGAGAUCAAAACACCAACUCUGGACAUGCUGGCAGCGCAGGGAGUGAAACUGGAGAAUUACUACGUGCAACCCCUCUGUAGCCCCUCCAGAAGUCAGCUGAUGACUGGCAGGUAUCAGAUCCACACGGGCCUCCAGCACUCGGUGAUCCGGCCCACCCAGGCAAACUGCCUUCCCCUGGAGAACAUCACGCUGCCCCAGAAGCUCCGGGAGGCCGGCUACGCCACGCACAUGGUGGGCAAGUGGCACCUUGGCUUCUACAAGCGCGGCUGCAUGCCCACCCAGCGCGGCUUCGACACCUUCUUCGGCUCGCUGCUGGGCAGCGGCGACUACUACAGCCAUUACAAGUGCGAGGGCGCCGGCAUGUGCGGCUACGACCUCCACGAGGGCGAGGAGGCGGCCUGGGAGCAGGACCGGGGUCAGUACUCCACCUCCAUGUUCACUCAGAAGGCCGUGGACAUCCUGGCACGCCACAACCCCCGGCGGCCCAUAUUCCUCUACCUGGCGUUCCAGGCGGUCCACUCCCCGCUGCAGGUGCCCGCUCGCUACCUGGAGCGCUACAAAUCCAUCCCCAACCUGCACCGCCGCAAAUACGCCGCCAUGGUGUCCUGCCUCGACGAGGCCGUCCACAACAUCACGCUGGCGCUGAGGCGCUACGGUUUCUACGACAACGCGGUGAUUGUGUACUCGUCGGACAACGGGGGCCAGCCCAUGGCGGGGGGCAGCAACUGGCCGCUGAGGGGCAGCAAGGCGACCUACUGGGAGGGGGGGAUCCGGGCCGUAGGCUUCGUCCACAGCCCGCUGCUGCUGAACAAGGGGACCCGGAGCCGGGGGUUGAUCCACAUCACGGACUGGUUCCCCACCCUGGUGUCUCUGGGGGAGGGGACCCUCGACGAAGACCUGAACCUCGAUGGCUAUGACGUGUGGGAGACCAUCAGCGAGGGACGCCCGUCCCCCCGCCAGGAUAUUCUGCACAACAUCGACCCCAUUUACACCAAGGCCAAGAACGGGUCCUGGAAGGCCGGCUACGGCCUGUGGAACACGGCCAUCCGGGCCGCCCUCCGGGUGGGCCACUGGAAGCUUCUGACCGGCGUCCCGGGCUACAGCGACUGGGUCCCCCCGCAAACGUUCUCCAAUCUACCUCUGACCAACCGCUGGCACAAUGAACGUGUCCGCUGGGAUCGGGGGAAAUCCGUCUGGCUCUUCAACAUCACAGCCGAUCCCUAUGAGAGAGUGGACCUGUCUCCACGCUACCCCAACAUAGUGAAGAAGAUGCUAAUAAGGCUAGCACAGUACAACAGGACCGCCAUUCCAGUGCGCUACCCAGCUAAAGACGCCCGCUCCAACCCCAACUUAAACGGAGGGGUGUGGGGACCCUGGUACAAGGAGGAAGAGAAAAAGGAUGAAGAUAACAGGGAGACCAACCUCCUCACUAACUACCUGGCCAAAAAAAAAUGGCAGAAGAAAGCGAAGAAGAAGAAGCUAAAAAGAAAAGUGGAGGACUAGUUUUGUUUUUAUUUUAUGAUGUGAUUUCUUUGUGUGAAAUACUUUUAGAAUGGUCAGAUCUCAGGGAUUGACACAUGAUCUGCUUUAAACAAAUGUCCUGCUCGAAUAUUUUAAUAGACUGGUGAUUUGGAUAGUAUAGAAAACAAUGGACAAAUAAACCUAGAUGUGCCUCAGAGAGAAAGCUUUAAGGAAGAAACACACUUAAACCACUACUGUCAGACCCAAGACCUAUGGCCUCAUGACCUAUGGCAUCAUGACCUCAUGACUUCAUGACCAUGGCUUAGGGCCUUUAAAGAAUGUUUACUUUUCUAGUUAAUUUUUUUGCAUGCUUGAACUCCUGUGACCUUUCGAUUGUCAAUAGAUUUAUUACUUUUAGGCAGAGAGAAAUUAAUAUAGAAAUAUAAUAACUGACGAUGGCAUAUUUUUGGGGCGCUAGGAAAUAGUUAAGAAACAACUCAAAUUGUAAUUAGUUGUCAAUUGCAGUCCAGAAAAGAUAAAAAAAUAAUUGUAUAGUCAACUAAUAUUUACUUUGUUUUGUGAGCACAGUCCAUAUGAACCUUAGAAAAAUGUAUCUGGUCUGGAACCAGUUCAACUUGAAUGUAAAACAAAGUAGUUAACCAAAUAAAGACCGUGAUGCGUAUCUUUCUGCCUCUCAAAUAUGUCUACUGCCUCUGU